AUUUUGCCUUUAGGAUUACUUCCUUAGGACAUAUGCUCCAGAAUUAUGCUUUAUUGAUGUGCAGGGAACAAACAUUAUAUAAUGAGCCCUACUUAUGAGUGGGUCCUCUAUCAGUGGAUUCAGUCACUUGCAGAUCAAAAAUAUUUGGGAAAAGAUUGCUUUGCACAGUGCAUGUACAAACUUUUUUCCUUGUCAUUAUGGCUUUAACAAUACAGCAUAACAACUAUUUACAUAGCCUUUGCAUUACAUUAGGUAUUAUGGGUGAUCUAGAGAUGAUUUAAAGGAUACAGGAGGAUGAGUGAAGGUUAUAUGCAAAUAUUUCAUCAUUUUAUAUAAGGGAUUUGGGCAUCUGUGAUUUUUGGUGUCUUCUAGGGGGGGGGCCUGGAACCAAUCUCCCAUAGAUGCCAGAAAUGAUUAUACUUCCUAGAUGUCUUUUUGAAAGUAUAACAGUUUUAGUAUUUUCUAAAUUAGGUGUCUACCUAAUUGUUUAAAAAUUCUGUGGUUACCAAGAACCCCCAAAUAUUAAGUUCUGAGCCAUGUGUUUGGGUAUAUCUUUAUCAUCUAUCAUAAAUUUAUGUCUUUAGGUGUUAAAUAUUUAUUUAAAACCCUAUUAAAACUUUUCAAAAAUUGGGUUGAAUUCCUUGUUUCUUACAUACAACAUGAUCACCACAAAUACACUGAUCACAAUAUUUUGUGAUCAGUGUAUUUGUGGUGGGCACAUAAACAAGGUGAAAGCCUCCAUGAUUCUACUUUGUGGACAUGCCCACUUAGCAUGGGUACUUAAAAAACUUGUAGACUCUUAACCUAGCUUGGAGAGUACAACCUACACCUGAAGCAGGGGCCUCUCUAAUCAUGUUGGUGACCACCAUGUCAGGAGGCAUGAAAACACCCACACUGUCCCCAUUUUCCUCUCAUGCAAGGCCCAGCACUUACCCAAAGUCUCCUGCCUGCAUUAUUCUUUCUGCUUGGAAGACCUUUUUCCUUUGAUCGCUGUCUUUUAGACAACUGCUCAUUCUUCCAAACUAAGCUCGCACAAACCAGUAUGUCCAGUGUGAGCCGUCAUUUAUUCAGUUGAUUAUAUGUCUUUAUUUACAAUGGUGUUAAGGUCCUGCAGAAAUGGAAUCGGUAAGAGACAUACACACGUGCACAGCCAGGCAUUGAAUAACAGUGGAGAUAAUAUCCUGAGAAAUGUGUUGAUGGGGUUUUGACCUAUAACACCCUGGAGUGCACUUAUACAGGCUGAGCGGCCCAUGAUGUUACUUUAUGAUAAGAUCUUACAGAGCUACCAUCUUCUAUGUGAUUCAUCAAUGAAUAGAAUGCUAUGAAAUUUAUGACUGUGUAUGUGUGUGUGUGUGUGUGUAUCUAUACAUACACAUAGAUGUAUAUCUCACAGAAUGCAAGCACAUGCAUUCAAUUUAGUAUAUGAAUUGGUAUUAAGGAUGUGCAGCUUAUCCAUCCAGAAACAACCCUGAGACACCCAAAGUGGGGUGCAGCCAAGCAUCUGGGCAUGCCACGGCUCAGUCAAGGUGACUCAGGCAAUUAGCCAUCAUGACAAUCACCGUUUAAACACACUAAAAAGCAGGACGUUCUGCCUGUGCCUCGCUGAUUUGAGAUGUGCUUUUCCCCACUAGGUUGCAAGUCGUCGUUUCCUCCUUGAAAUCCCAUAAAGCUCCAUGUGCAUGCACUGAAAAAAGGUAUAUCUCCAUGAAUAACUUAAAUGAUCCUCCAAAUUGGAAUAUCCGGCCUGAUUCCAGGGCUGAUGGGGGUGGUGGAAGCAGGUGGAAUUAUGCCCUGUUGGUGCCAAUGCUGGGAUUGGCAGCUUUCCGUUGGAUUUGGUCCCGAGAGUCCCAAAAAGAAAUAGCAAAAGAGAGAGAAGCAUAUCGCCAGAGAACAGUUGCCUUCCAGCAGGAUCUUGAAGCCAAGUACCAUGCUGUGAUCUCGGAAAAUCGACGUGCUGUUGCUCAGCUGUCUCUGGAACUUGAAAAGGAGCAAAACAGAACAACUAGUUACCGAGAAGCCCUUAUCUCUCAGGGGCGGAAGUUGGUGGAAGAAAAGAAACUUCUGGAACGGGAAUGGGCUAAGGUAAUGCAAGAAAGAAGCCAGCUGCAGCCUCUGAGAAGUGUGUACCUGAGCCGUCUGGAGGAGGAGGAGGACUGGCAGAGGAAAGCCCGGCUCAUGCUGAAGGAGGUUGGAGAGGCCCUUGCAGAAAGACAGAACAUUUACUGCAGCCUGGUCACCCCCCGUCGCUCACGGCUGGAGCUGGAGAAGAACUUACUGGUGCGUGCCGCCGUCGACCCAGUGGCUGCUGACCUAGAGAUGGCAGCUGGCUUGACUGACAUAUUCAAACAUGACACCUACUGUGGUGACAUCUGGAAUAGCAACAAACGCCAGAAUGGGAGGCUCAUGUGGCUAUAUCUCAAGUAUUGGGAGCUAGUCGUGGAGCUGAAGAAGUUCAAGAGAGUAGAGAAGGCCAUACUAGAGAAGUGAGAGGAGUGAGGUGUCCACGGCCACCGGUUGCUUCUCAUGACGUUUUCCCUGCUGAGCUCCCACACUUCCUUUGCUUGCUACCCGCAUCCCCCACAUGCAGCUGCCCUCAGUGGCAUUCCAGCUCUGCCACCCUCAGCAGCAGUGAGGAUUCGGCACAUAAAGGUUUUCCCUGUGAUGCUCAGCAGCUGUGAAGGGUUGCCUUUCUCUGAAGCAUUUUGUGAGCCGCUAAUAUUUAGCAGAACAGUAUAAUGUCAUUUUAGUUCGAGGGUAAAAAUUGUUUUUAAAGGUCAAAUAUAAUAUUGAUCCUCACCGUAAGUAAUUUUCUGUGACUUUUCCUAUCUUCCUAAAUAAAUUCUAUCUUCUAGGAUUA